AUGAUGGCGCCAGAAGAUAAGAAACGGCAAUUGCCUGCUAAAGUCGCCGCCAUGAAGGCGCGCAAGCGCCAGCGAAUCGACGAUGCCAGCGCCGGCGAUGCGACGAAGAAGCCGAAGACGACCAAGCCAGGCGAGAAGGUACGCGAGGAGAACCUGAAGUGGAAAGAGGUCGAGAUGCCGGAUCGUUUGGACGAUUUCGAGGGCUUCUAUGGAUUGGAGGAGAUUGAUGAUGUCGACGUCGUGCGUGAGGGUGACGUCGUGUCGUUUCACACGAGCGCGGAUAAGAAAAAGGCAAAGAAGAACAAGGGCACAGAGAAGGAGGAUAGCCCAGCCCCGGAACAGGGUGAAGAGGAGGACGCCUCGGAAUGGGAGGGUUUCGGCGACGACGAUGAUGGCGAGGCGCAACCAGAGCCAGCAGAGGACGACGCGCCAGCACAACCAAACGGAACUACCAAGGGCGCCGAGAAGAAGGACAAAAAGGAAAAGAAAGACAAAAAGGAGAAGAAGGACAAGAAGGACAAGAAAGAAAAGAAGGGAAAAAAUGAGAAGGAUAAGAAUGAGAAGAGCAAGCAAGAAAACAACAAGCAGGCCAAUGGCGCAGGCCCGAUUGGCACAAUUCCGUUCGCUGGCUUGCUGGGGGAGGAUAUGGACGACGGAAUUGACACCUCCGCAUGGAAUCGCCUCAACUUGUCUAACGAGACUAUGGUUGCGAUAUCGAAGCUCAAGUUUGGCUCUCCUACGCGCAUUCAGGCCGCAACAAUACCCGAGAUCCUAGCAGGUCACGACGUGGUAGGAAAGGCGUCGACGGGAUCGGGAAAGACGCUCGCAUUUGGCAUACCUAUCCUGGAAACCUUCUUGGAAAUUCAGCAACUGAAAAAGGCUUCCAAGAAAGGCGAGAAAAUCCCAUUGGCCUUGAUUCUUAGUCCGACUCGCGAACUGGCACACCAGAUUUCUAAGCAUCUCACGGAUCUUUACUCUAGCGGAACCUUCGACAGUCCCUUGGUGGCAACCAUCACGGGUGGUCUGUCGAUACAAAAGCAGCAGCGUCAGAUUGAGACGGCGGAUAUUGUUGUGGGGACCCCGGGUCGCCUCUGGGAGAUCAUCAGUCUCGGUCACGGUAUUCUGAAGCGCUUCAAGAAGCUCAGGUUCCUUGUGGUGGAUGAGGCAGAUCGGCUCCUCAGCGAGGGCCACUUCAAGGAGGUGGAAGAGAUCAUGAACGUUCUUGAGCGCAAGGAUAAAGACGAGGAUGAGGAUGAAGCAGAGACAGAGGAAGGCGAGAAGGGAAAAGACAGGAAAGACGAUGCUCCAGUGCAACGACAGACGCUCGUUUUCUCUGCGACCUUCAACAAGGGUCUGCAGCAGAAGCUGACGGGCAAGGCAAAGUGGCACGGAGACCUUCUUUCAAACAAGGAGUCGAUGGAAUAUCUGUUGAAAAAACUCAACUUCAGGGAGGAGAAGCCGAAGUUUGUCGAUGUUAACCCGGUAUCCCAGAUGGCCGAGGGCCUGAAGGAGGGCCUUGUUGAAUGUGGUGCAACCGAGAAGGACCUGUACCUCUACGCGCUCCUAAUGCUCCAUCCUAGGACUCGGACUCUGAUCUUUACGAAUAGCGUAUCUGCUGUACGCCGCCUGCAUCCGUUCCUCACCAACCUGAACCUCCCUGCUCUGGCACUCCAUUCCCACAUGAUCCAAAAGCAGCGUCUCCGGAACGUAGAGCGCUUCUCCACGCAGCCAGGCUCCAUUCUCAUCGCGACGGAUGUUGCAGCACGCGGUCUCGACAUCAAGGGAGUGGAACUAGUCAUUCACUAUCACCUCCCCAGAGCGGCAGAUAUGUACGUCCACCGCUCUGGUCGUACUGCUCGUGGAGACAGCUCUGGCUCUUCCAUCCUGAUUUGCGCUCCUGAAGAAGUUGUUGGUGUUCGAAGAUUGGUAGCAAAGGUGCAUGCGAACAGCAACGUGUCGAAGAGCUCGUACUACAUGCGCAGCGUCGACAUCGACAGACGCAUCGUCACCCGGUUGAAGCCUAGGGCGUCGCUUGCAAAGAAGAUUGCGGACAGCGGCGUCGCCAAAGCAAAGUCAAAUUCCUCUGAGAACGAUCUUUUGCGUCAAGCUGCGGAGGACCUCGGCGUGGAGUAUGACUCGGAAGAGCUGGACAAGCCGAUGGGCAGGAGCAAAGGGGGUGGCCGCAAGAAGAAGGAGCGUGAUGCGAAGGAUAUAUCGAAGGACGAGUUGCAGAGCAUGCGGGCGGAGCUGAAGGCGCUGUUGAGUCAGAGGGUCAACGUGGGUGUCAGCCCGAAGUAUCUGACGUCGGGCAACGUGGAUAUCGACGCGCUGAUCAGAGAAAAGGAAUCGGGUAGAGGGGAAUUCUUGGGGCGCGUCGAAGGCCUUGGAUUGUAG